GGAUGCAUAAAAUUGUGUUUAUUUUAUUUCAAUUAGGUUCCUAUUAUAGUUGAUUCAUUACAACUAAUUUUAAUGACUUGCUAAUUUUUAUUUCAAUUAGGUUCCUAUUAUAGUUGGUUCAUUACAACUAAUUUUAAUGACUUGCCUAGGUUAUUGAGCUUUUGAAAUAAACAUUUUUCUUACUUUCUAAACAACUGAUUAAAAAAAAAUUGUAAACUUUAUUGAAUAGAAUUUGUUUGAACUUUAAUGUAAUAUAGCAAAUUACAUUAACAAAUCGGACUAAAUUUCCAAUUAUCCGGCCAUUUGCUAAAAAGAAAAAGCAGACUAUCUCUUUUCUGUUAAAGAUAUUAGUUAAUUACGUUUUACUUUGUUGGAGAUUUUUAACCAUUCGAAUAAUUGACUUUUUAAACCGCUCUGACUAGUUUUGGUCUUUCCAACUAGUCAAUAUCAAGAGGAUUUUUUUCUCUCUCCUUUAAACAAUUAAUCUAAACGGUAUCGCGCCCUGUUUUAUUGUUUUUUUUUUCUUUCUCUUUUGCUCAAAGGUGGCAUUAAAUUGAUUUCAGGUACUCGACGGAAAUUAUCAUUGUUAUCAAUCAAAUCGGAAAUAUCACGGCAGUUGGUUAUUAUUAUUUCCAUUACUGCAUGAGCUUAGCACGAUUUAGAGCAAAAGUUCAGAGUUGAUUUUUUUUUUCUAAACGCCGUUAUGCUUUACUAUAAUAUGAAUUGAAUUGAUUAAUGUUUGAAAUCUGGUACAAUUUGGGAAAUUGAAACUGAUCUUCACGAGCAAUAAGGUUAACAGAUUUUCAUUACUCAUUUCUGCUCCCCUCUGGUACUCGGUACACCACUUUAAGCCCUGGAAUAUUUUUUUAAAUAAUAAAUUAUUGUUUUCUCUAUCAUUUUCUUGGCAGACGCGAAGUGGCAUCACUUUUACCUGUUUGUUGUGGUGAUAAACAUGGUAGAUAAUGAGUAAGUUUUGCCGACGUUCGUAAAUCAACUUUAUCUCGCUGGCGUGCAUGCCUACUGUCACGAUUGGGCUUGAGACUUAGGAUUCUAAAUGUCAUGAAAACGUUUGUUUAAUUUGGAAAUUUGAAUGGAAUUUUUCUUUUUUUUUUUACUUUUAGGUAUAUAAUUGGAAAAAUUCUUUGUAAAAAGAAUUCAAUCAAAUUAUAUUUCUCUCAGAUUCUGAUUUAAACGACCUGGAUGUACAACGCUGAAAACUUCUAAGCACGUGAUUUAUGCUAAUGGAAAAGGAAACAAUGGUGGAUGGUACUCACUACCAUGACAUAGCGGAUAUUCAUGAAGCAGCAUGGAUACAGAUGUUCCUACCGUGGACACCGGCCAACUACAGCAGCAGCAGCAACGCGUUAAGCAGGAGUCUAGUGGCUCACUUUCGGACCAACAGUAUCAGCACCUGGCGGCGCCAUCGGUGUUAAAAAGGGAAAUGACGCCAGAAGAAGGCCAAGAGGCGGUAAUAAUCGCCGAUCUACAGCAACAAACGAGGGUUCCUGAACGUCCAUCAAGUUCCUCACGAACUCCUUGCCCGAAGUUCAUCAAGAAAUGCGAUUCCUGCGGGCGGGAGUUUCACACUACAAACCACUAUAUGGAACACGUGUGUGAAGUGUCGCCGCACGUGGGACUUAAUUCGACGACCACCCCUCCUUCUACGGACGGUGGUGGUAGUAGUAGACAUUGUUCUGUUCCUACCUCGCACUACCCGUCCGCGGGAGUCGGGGCUUCUAGCAGCCUAUUUUGCAAUGAGCUGUCCAACAGCUCAGCUAGCGACGUGGAGAACUUCACCGGAAAGAUCGUGUACAAUCCGGAUGGUUCCGCUUUCAUUUUAGAGACGGCCGGUGAUUCGGAGCUUAGUGAUGAUGAUGGGAGCGAAGAAUUGUUAUCGCGAGCUGCCGAUGACGCGGCGUCACGAAUUCCUACUUCAUCCCAACUCAUACCACAUAUGGUGAACGCUCUACACAUCGCUAGAAAUCCGGCACUAUAUAGUGCUUUGUACGGACAGGCGUACAGUUUCCUUCAAGAAAAAAAUAAAGUUCCUGAUGUCCCUGUUAUGCACAGUUUUAGAGUUUUCACGGUGCGUGAUGUUACCAGUGAAACGCCAGUAACUGUUUCGCCUAGCAAAUUGGACGAUGAUGGCUCUCUAAAGAGGCCGUCCAGUGUAAACAAAGUUAACUUUCCUAUGGUAGACUAUUCUUCUGUACCAAUAAAACCUAUAUUGAUGUGUUUUAUGUGCAAACUUUCUUUUGGUUACGCUAAAUCUUUUGUCGCCCAUGCGAUGGGUGAACACAACAUAAAUAUGAACGAUGAAGAAAAGAACAUUAUGUCCCAAAAGAACACUUCGGCAAUCAUACAGGGUGUCGGGAAAGAGAAAGAACCACUCUUAUCAUUCCUGGAACCAAUUCCUAGUUCGUUAGCCCAGAAUAGUGCGGGGAGUCAGAGUGGAAAUAUUUUCGCCCAGUCAUUGCAGAGCUCAUGUUCCAGUUCCUUCGGAUCAAACGAUCCUAUGACUAAUUUACUGAAUGCCGUGUCUAGUGCAGUGGCUGGGGGUUAUGGCUCUUCUGCAAUCACGACGCUGGUUUCGGCCGUCUCCAGUCCUGUUGCGGCAUUGUCAGAAAUCAAACCAAGUGUCGCCAACAGUAGGGCGGAAAUGAGAACUACGCCCUCUCUUACUAGUUCCUUACUUACUGCCGAUAGCGAUGAGGCCUUAGCUCCUGAAUUGCAGGACUUAAUGACGAUAGAGAAGCUUGCUAAAGCUGCCGCAGCGGCUGCGGAAGCUGAAUCUGCAUCUUCUCUAUCGCCUAGAGAACGUAAGACCACUUGCUAUAAUGGCCAGAACAGUGAUAUUGCACAAGAAGAUCAAGACCUUAGGUUAAACCCAUUCGAUUUCAGCCCUCAUCCUACAUUAUCAUCGGCUGUAUCGAUGGGUUCACUAGACAGGCCUACGAGUGCUGGCAGUCACGAAAGUAUGUCGCCUGGCAUGUCUAGGGUAUCUCCAAAGAACAAUCCAACGCCAAGUCCAUUACUAAAUACAGUUCCUUCUCCAUCACCGACUACAAGUAGUCCUGUCUGCAUUUGUCCUCAACAUCCGGAUGGACGGGCGAACGGAGUCGAAUGUCCGAAAUGCGAUUUAAUCCUUGGCUCAUCACGAUCGCUGGGCGGUCAUAUGACAAUGAUGCAUUCGCGAAAUUCAUGUAAGACGCUCAAGUGUCCUAAGUGCAAUUGGCAUUAUAAAUACCAAGAAACUUUAGAAAUUCACAUGAAAGAAAAACAUCCUGAAAACGACUUGAGUUGCUUAUACUGCCUGACUAAUCAAUCACAUCCUAGAUUAGCUCGUGGAGAAACAUACACUUGCGGUUACAAACCAUAUCGUUGUGAAGUUUGUAAUUAUUCUACUACGACCAAAGGAAACCUAAGUAUACACAUGCAGUCUGAUAAGCAUAUCAAUAAUGUGCAAGAAUUGCAGAAUGGUACCUUACAACCUGACCAUGUUAUGCCAAAUCAAACUAUUGCUGCUCCACCAGCAUUACCUACUCCUCCAGCAGUAGUAGAAGCAGCAAAGAAACCAAUUAUCACAAAUAAGCCUAAAGCUACCUGGAGAUGUGAUGUUUGCAAUUAUGAAACUAAUGUCGCUCGCAAUUUAAGAAUUCACAUGACAAGUGAAAAACAUAAUCACAAUAUGAUGGUUCUACAGCAAAAUGUUAAACACAUGCAACAGAUAUCUGCUUUUCAACAAGCUCAAGCCCAGGCUCAGGCGCAAGCUCAAGCAAUGGAUCCAAUGUUCAACUUUCACCCGGGUCUUCUACUGCCUUGUGAUUCCCAAUUACAACCAGAGGCAGCCUUAGCCGACAUGGCAUACAACCAUGCCUUACUUAUGAUGGCAACUCAACAACAGCAACAACGGGCAAUGGCUGCGGCCGCCGCUGCUGCAGCAGCUGCUGGUGGAAAAAGUCCUAUUGGAGCACCUCUAAAUCUCAGCGUUCCUCCCACAUUGGACAUUGAUCAUCCCGACCCAUCCUUAAGACCUGAUGUGCCGUAUGAUGAAAAUGGUAAGCUUUUCCAAUGCUGCGUGUGUCACGUUUAUUCUGCCGAUUCUCUGGAAGCCUUAAACCAACAUGCGCAGAUGGAUCGAACGCGACAGCGAGAAGAAGAAGUUUUAAUGGUUGUAGCUGGCACUUACAUCUGCAAGCUUUGCACCUACAAAACCAAUCUCAAAGCAAAUUUUCAAUUGCACUGUAAGACUGACAAGCAUCUGCAACGCCUCCAGCAUGUAAAUCAUGUCAAAGAAGGUGGUGCCAGCACCGAAUGGAAGUUGAAAUAUGCAAAUGUUAGUAAUCCCGUACAAGUUCGUUGCAAUGCUUGUGACUACUACACCAACAGCAUUCAUAAAUUGCAGCUGCAUAUUGCCAGUCCCAGACACGAAGCCAAUGCCAGAAUCUUCUCGCAUCUACAGAUUGGUGUUCACUCUUUGAAGGCUGAGGCGCAUUACUUCCACUGCCGUUUGUGCAAUUUUUCAACAAAAGCCAAAUUUAAUUUGAUACAGCAUGUUCACUCCAUCAGACAUCUGCGCCAUGAGAACUUCCGGCAAAUGCAACUCAGAACAGAAGGACGUGAUAUUGAUGAAGAUGUCCGAGAUUAUGUCCUGGUAAAAGAACUGAAGGGAAACGAGAAAAUUAUUUUUGAUGCUGAUGUUGAUACGCCUAUGUUAGAACUAAACGAUGAAGAGACCAUGAAAGUCGAGGAAAAAACGAGUCCAACUAAAUCGGAAGAAAAACCAUCUGAUUCUAGACUAAAAAAGGCCUUACUAGAUCAGGCAAAACUCAAUACAUCAAACGAAAAUUCGCCUACUUCUGAACAAACUCAUCGUUGUCCCUUUUGCAAUUACACCAGCAAUACAGAAGUUCGAAUUCAAAUGCACGUUGUGUCUCAACAUUUACCCCAAAAUAACACCAUUCCAUGUCCUUUGUGUCAAGAAGGGUGUAAAGACAUCAGUGCUUUAGAAAAUCAUCUCAUUGAUGUUCACAAUGUCACUAAAGAGGGCGUGCAGCGACUUCUUCUCAUGGUUGACAUGUCACAUAUUGAAAACAAAUCUAAUACACUUGACGCAAAACCAAAAAACGAAGAAUGUGUAACACCUAAGCAAGAAGCUUCUGAGGGAGAUGGUAAAAAAUCACCUGAAAGCAAAGAACGACCAGCUGAAAUUGAAACUAACGAAGAUUUAGCAUGUUCGUUUUGUAGCAAGGUUUUCUUUAAUGUCGAUGAUUUAUUCUCACAUCAGAAUGAGUUUGGACACAUGGAACUUAAGCCCACACCAUCAGGGUUAGAAUAUCAGUGCUGGAAGAAAGGCUGCUUGCAGUUUUUCAAAACAUCGUCAGCCGUUCAGUUGCAUUUCAAGGAGAUGCAUUCCAAGAAGCCUUUAUUGGCUGUUUCAGAUAGGCACGUGUACAAAUAUCGCUGCAAUCAAUGUAGUCUUGCUUUUAAAACCCUGGAGAAACUGCAGCUGCAUUCUCAGUACCACAUGAUCCGUGCUGCUACGAAAUGCGUUCUGUGUGGUCGCAGCUUUCGAUCUGUGAUAGCUUUACAAAAGCAUGUCGAAACUGCUCACACUGAUAUGACCAAAGAACAACUUGAGCAAUAUAAAGCUAGCCUGGCUAACAAUCCUCUUCUCUCAAGUGGAGGUGGAGGCGUGCUGGAUCCUCAAACUACAGAGUUGCUUAAAAAAGAGAGUAUUAGAGAGAACAUGGAAAUGGCUGAUGAAUUGGUAGAUUUGGGAUCUGAGAAAGAAAGUUCACCAUCGCGUGAAAUGGAAUGUGAUCAGUCAGAGACUGGGGAGGCACUUUCAGAAGGAACGGGCACCAACCAAGAUAUUCUGGAAGACUAUAUCAACAGUCAGUCUAUGGCAGAAGACAGUUAUAACGAUCCUAAUAGAAAAUAUAAGUGCCAUCGCUGUAAAGUUGCAUUUACAAGGCAAAGUUAUCUUACAAGUCACAAUAAAACAUUGCUUCAUAGAAAAGGUGAAAAAAUGAGUUACCCUAUGGAAAAAUAUUUAGACCCCAAUAGACCAUUCAAAUGCGAUAUUUGCAUGGAAUCAUUUACUCAGAAAAACAUUCUUUUAGUUCAUUAUAAUUCUGUUUCGCAUUUACAUAAAGUUAAACUAAGUAUGAAAGAAAAUAGCAAUAACUCUACUGCCACAACAAGUGCAGCAACCAGUAAUUCUCCUGUUUCUGCAGGUACAGUUUACACUACUCCUACUAGUAGUUCAAACAGUAGCGCUCUGUCUAAUAAUUCGUCAUCUGUUGAUUCCGAGAAAAAGCCUUUUAAGUGCAAUAUUUGUAAAGUGGCUUAUAGUCAAGGAUCGACACUAGAUAUUCACGUAAGAUCUGUUCUUCAUCAAACUCGCGCAUCUAAACUGCACGAGUUGGCAAUUACUGGACAGGUCGACUUAACUGCUCCUCUAAUUGAGCGACCAGAACAAUCUUCAAACGAACAACCUUCUCAAACUAUUCAACCUCAAACUGUGACUAAUGAAAGUUCCUCUUUAAUGCUGCCUCAGACUUUACAGGUGUCGGGCCCGGCCACAAGUGUUCCUUCUUCUGUCCAAGCUCCAAAGAUCCCAGAUCUGACACAAGUUCCUUUGAGCAUCGCAGCUUCGUCUGCGGCUGCUACUAUCACCAGUGCCUCUCCUCAGCUCCACUUGUCGAAUGACGCAGCAACUUCAAUGGCACAAGCGUUAGGACUUGCGCCUCCUGUUCCUCAAUCCCCCGUCCUCAUGUCUUCUCAGACAACUUCACAAGCACUCAUUAAUUGUUCAAGAUGUAGCGCUAUAUUUAUGUCUCAUGACUCACUACUUCAGCAUCAACAAAUGUGUUGUCUCUUCAACCCACCUCCACCCAUCUCCAAUUCUGGAAAAAGUACUCCAGUAUCAUCCCAGUCACUUCCACCUCCUGCACCAGUGCCAACAAUUCAAUCCACAGCUGGUCGUUCUGUUGUUGAUAAAGAAGAUAUGCUACAGAAGUCAUCCAUAUAUCAACCUCUUACUGACACAACUAAUAUAACUCCACCGCAACUGAGCCCUCAAAUGAAUCAGUUGCCCGUGAGGCCAAGAUGUCCAUUUCCUCGACCGAGACCUCUGGUAUAUAAGCAUUUAGUUGAAAGCUUUGGAUUUGAUGUAGUCAUGCAUUUCAAUGAAAAUAACCAAAGGCGAAGGAAAAUUGAAAGAAAAGAGAAUGAAGAAAAUCAACUGAAAGAAAAUAAGCCGGAAGACUCAGUUCAAGAAAGCGUAAAAUCUGAAGCAGCAAAAGACGAUGUUGUAGUCGAAGAAGGCUUGGGAGUUGAAGAAAAAGACAAAAAGAGUAAUAUGGCUGAUUUACCCGAAAUUAAUCGCUCAGUAUGUGAUAUCUGCUCUAAAGAAUUUUCUUGCAUUUGGGUCUUGAAAACACACAGAGAAGAAAUCCACAAAGAAAUAGUUCCCUUUGACUUUCUUCUUAAAUUUGCUGAAAGUUACAGAGCAUUGUACGAGAAACAAAAUAAUGACCAACUAAUACUUCCAAUGGUAUCUGAAGAAAAUGUGAAUGAUGUUAAUCCACCUGCUUCAAGCAUAAAUUCAGAAGCCCCUUUAUGUCCUACUCCAUCUUCAGUAACUUCAUCAACACAGCAAACUUCAGCAACUCCACCUGCAACAAGCUUAUCCUCUCAAUUACCCGAUGUCUCAUCUUCUGUUACUGCUAACCAAAUGGCUGCCCAGCUACAAUUUAAUCAACUCCUCAUGAGCAUGGGCCUUGGCAUGGGUCUACCUAUGGGCAUGAACUUGAAUAUGCCGUUUGCAGCAGCUGCAGCGAUGAAUCUUCACCCACCUUUGAUUCCAGUGCUUUUGCCGCCUCCUAUGGAUCCACUGAUGGCAUCUGCAUUUAAUCAUCCUAUGAUGCCUGGUGGUGUUGAAUCGACUUAUUUUGCUGCGCAGCAAAAGAUGAUGCAUCAUCAACAACAGCAAUCGGCGGCCGCUGCAGCUGCUCAAGCACAGCAAAAGAGAGCCAGAACUAGAAUCAAUGAUGAGCAAUUAAAAAUUUUAAGAACCUAUUUCGAUAUCAAUAACUCUCCCACAGAAGAACAACUAAUAGAAAUGUCUGACAAGUCUGGUUUGCCAUUAAAAGUGAUAAAACAUUGGUUCCGAAACACCUUGUUCAAGGAAAGACAACGCAAUAAAGAUUCUCCAUAUAACUUUAAUAAUCCUCCGUCAACAUUUCUUAACUUAGAAGAAUAUGAAAAAACAGGUGAGGCCAAAGUAAUACCUCUUAACCGAAACGAUUUUUUGUCGAAAGGAGAUGCUGAUUCAACAAAUCAAAGUGAAGAUGGCCGAAGUUUAGUGGAUGAUACUGAUUCAUCCCAAGAAGAUAAAGAUAAACAUGAAAUUGAAUACCCAACUCAUAUUCACGAAGAUAAGAUCAGCAUACCCAAAAUGGACAUACCAUCAUCAUCUAUGUCUUUGACACCAUCAGUAUCUAUGUCACUUCCAUCCUUUUCGGCAGUUGAUUUGAAACAUACUAAUACUAAAGACGAUUGUAAAGAUGUUUAUGUAAUGCACUCUGAAUCAUCUACACCCUCACCUCAGCCGUCCAUUAAUUUCAGCUCUGUAUCAUCUAUAAGUGGACCCAUCAUGCCAACUGCAUCAUCUCCUCCUACAUCCGACUCACCGCGGGGCUUUAAUAGUCCAUCUUACUGUGGUUCCAGUUCUACUGGUGGUGGAACUGGUAGUGGUAAACGAGCCAAUCGUACACGCUUCACAGAUUAUCAGAUCAAAGUGCUUCAAGAAUUUUUCGAGACCAACGCAUAUCCUAAGGAUGACGACUUGGAAUAUCUGUCGAAGUUGCUGAGCCUCAGUCCUAGAGUGAUUGUGGUGUGGUUCCAGAACGCUAGACAGAAAGCUCGUAAAGUGUACGAGAACCAACCACCGAUUAACACCGAUGAUGAUAGUGCUGGAAAAUUUCAGAGAACUCCGGGUCUCAAUUAUCAGUGCAAAAAAUGUUUACAAGUUUUCCAGCGGUAUUACGAGCUUAUCAAACAUCAAAAAAGUUCUUGUUUUAAAGACGAGAACCCCCUAGCGAUUCAAAUGAAAGCUGCUGCAUCCGUCAUGGAUGAAAAAUCUCAGAACAGUAGCGUAUCUGAAGCAUCGUCAAUCACGACCAGGACACCUGAUAAGUUUUCUCAAAAUGGACCUUACCGUUGUGACAAGUGUAGCCUAUCUUUUAUACAUUUUGAUCACUGGAAAGAACAUCAAAUAGUGCAUAUCAUGAAUCCCAACCUAUUCCCUAACUAUUCCCCCAAUUCCUCCUUCGGAAUUUUACAAUAUGAGGCUCAGCAACCCCCUACUCCACCGUUAAAAAGAAAACUUUCAGAAGACGAGGAAUUAAAAGACUUGGGUGAUCAACCCAAAGAUAAACGGCUCAGGACUACUAUCCUUCCUGAGCAACUGGAUUAUUUGUAUCAAAAAUACCAAGUCGAAAGUAAUCCUAGUAGGAAAAUGCUAGAAAAUAUUGCACGAGAAGUUGGUCUGAAAAAAAGAGUGGUCCAAGUGUGGUUUCAAAAUACAAGAGCAAGGGAAAGAAAGGGUCAGUUUCGAGCUCAUCAGCAAGUAAUACACAAACGUUGUCCAUUCUGUCGAGCACUGUUUAAAGCCAGGUCGGCUCUAGAAUCCCAUCUCGCCACAAGACAUGCAGAUCAAUAUACUAGAGGGGAUAUCAACAUAGAUUCUCUUCCAGAUGGUGAGAUGGACUCAAAUCCUGAAACUCCUUCAGCAUCAAAUGCUUCCGAGGAUAUAAAAAAUAGUAUAUACCCUGGAUUUUCCUCCAGUACUCCAACAACAACAUCUACACCGAGCUUUACUGCUCAAAAUUUAGAACUGGUUCAAAACUCCAUGAAAAAGUAUUAUGAAGAUUCUUUGAAAAAAUAUUUGGAUGAUCUUGCAUAUCCCACAACAAGCACAUGCUCGAAGGAUACGCCCAACACCCCAGCUGCUGAUCUAAGUAAUAAACCACCAGCUAAACAGGCUGGAAGUGUAGGAGAUUCACCACUAGACCUUAGCAAACCUGUUAAAGCAAGCAUUGAUUUUGAAAAAAGUAGUGAUGGUGCUCCGACAAAUUUUAGUGAUAAGAGCUAUGAAGAUGCUAUGAACAAGAGCUAUAUGAGUUACGAUGAUGCUCGAUCUGAAACGCAUUCCGAAUCGACUGAAAAUAUGGAUUUUGAUGACCACUUGGACAUGUCCCAUGAAAGCAAUCCUACAUCACCAUCGAACUCUGGUCAUCAGGGUUCGGGAGGUAAUAAAAGAUUUCGAACCCAAAUGUCUACAUUGCAACUGAAGGUCAUGAAAUCCAUAUUUGCGGAUUACAAAACACCGUCAAUGGCAGAAUGUGAGACACUUGGCAGAGAAAUUGGAUUGCCAAAAAGGGUAGUGCAAGUAUGGUUCCAAAAUGCCCGAGCCAAGGAAAAAAAGGCUAAACUUGCUUUCAUGAAAGCCUUUGGUCACGAGAUGGAUUUGCCAAAACUGCCUGAGGAAUGUACCAUUUGCAAAGUAAAAUAUAACAUCAAAUUCUCGAAUACUAGCAUGCAAGAUCAUAUUUUCUCCAAGCGCCAUCUUGAGAAUCUAAAAGUUCACAUUGCAAAAAUGAAGAAACUGACCGAAGGGCAAGAUAACAUAGAACGGCUCGAUCACUCUCCCGCUACUUCAAGUAGUGUUCUUAAUCAGCUUGUGCAUUCGCAACAAAAUAUACACCAAGAUGAAGCUGAUUUGUUGAAACCAUCAGGUGCAUCCUCCGGGUCAAACCCACCUAGUCUGAUGCAACAGUUGCAUAUGAUGGGACUGCAACAGAUGCCGGGAAUGCCCAUGGGCUUACCUGGUUUUCCAAAUAUGACCAAUGGUCCUACUAAUGCUAUGGGUGUAAAUACAACUGGCUCCCCACCCACUUCUACAUCUUCCAUUUCUUCUUCUAACUCACAAACAUCUAGGAACGAUUCUAAGGAACAUCAUGUUCUGAACAAAUGCAUUAGUAAUACAACUGGCGAUAAAGUUGAUUCCAAAUCUGAUGUUCAACCAUCUACAUCAACAUCUAAUCAGCUGCCUCAAUCUAGGAAAGAGGACAAAGACUCAACAGAUGCAAUAAAUGGAAACAAUGUGGGCAACGUUCACCAAUCACCCCAACGUGCUGGCAACAUGGCAGACUUUCCUAUGCCCACAUCAGAGUCUGGUGGAUUGUUUCCAUAUAUGUAUGCUGGAUUUCCAGGCUACUAUGCUGGACUUUCGGGUGCAUUUUUUCACCCGGGCAUGUAUCCAGGUAGGAAUAAACUAUGACAAGAUUUUCUCCCAUAAAAUCAUUUUUUAACUGUGAUGAUGCGUAGUUGUAGUGCAAAAUGAACUCAUAAUUUUUGCUUUUUUUAAAAAAAGAAAAAAAUAUUCACCAUUUCAUCUUGCUCUUGAGUUAAGUGAAAAACUCAAGAGUUGUUGCAUACAUUUUUUUUUCUAGCUGGUUGCGAUUCCAUACGAUGUACAUGUAAUUUAUCAUUGUGUUAGUAAUUUAUUAGCCAUUUUUUCGUGCAGGGUUGAAUUUAAGCAGCAAUUCAUGUGCUUUUUUUUCACACGGCGUUUUCCUCUUCUUUCAAAUUACAGUAUGACGUGAUAUUUUCCAGAAAAAAAAAAUAUUUAUCACAUUUUUCUAAGCUUUCACAAUCUUUUUCUACGCACUGCUGGAAUCGGCGUCUAAUUAUUCGUCUGCUAUUUUAUACUUCUUUAUUUUACAUCAGCGCUAACGUUCUCUCUUUUUUUUCUUCCUACCUAUGCAUUCUUAAUUCUUCUAUCAGUAUUGCACACUUGUUUUCAUUCUGAGUCUACGAUAAAAAUAAUCCAUUACAGUCGACAACAUGUUAUGCAAUAUUAGUUAUUGAUUGUCUUUCAUGUUUUUCCCCUUCCUGAUCUCAUUGAAUAUUUUCUAAGAUUUCCUUAAAUUCAGAGCAUUUUUUACCUCAUUUUUUAAACUUGUAGAUAAUAUUUAUUUCAUUCGUAUUAUGUAGAUAACAUUCAUUUCAUUAAAAAGCAAUAUAAUGACUUGUGAAAAUAUACGCUUAUUUGUGCCUUAAAUCAAAAUCAAAAUAUUAGUCUGAUGUUAUUAUUUAGAAUUCAAUCAUCAAGAUAGAAGACAAGAAUAUGAAUAUUUUAUUAAUGUUUAUAAUUCUAUCCAGAUUUAAAACAGAAAUAUGAAUGUUAAUUCUCAAAUUUAAAACAGAAUUAUGAUUUUUUAUACGAUUUUUUAUUCAACUUGAAUCGAAAACAGAUAUCUAAAUCUUUUGUUAUUAUUUAUAGCUCUUUCCAGAUUGUAAACAGAAAUAAGAUUCAUUUGUUAAUUAAUUAUCCCAAAUUUAUAUAAAUUAUUUGUUAAUAUCAUUAUGUAAUUAAUUAUAAAUAAUAUUAUGUAUAAUUAAUUAUUAUACAAUUAAUUAUUAUAUAAUUAACAAAUAAUUUAAAUAAAUUAUUUGUUAAUUUAUUAUCCCAAAUAAUAAUUCUACCCAAAUUGAAAGAACAGAAGUCUGAAUCUUUUCUUAUUAUUUGUAAUUUAACUAAAGUUUAAAAUAAAAAAUUAUAACAAUUAUUUUUAAUUCUGAAAUUAAAAGCAGAAUUAUGUUUUUUUGUUUGUUAUUUAUUAUUCAAUUUGGAUCCAAAACUUAUAUCCUAAUCUUUAGUUAAUAUUCUACAUAGAUUGAAGUAAGAAUUUUGAAUCUUUGGUAAAUAAUUACAACUCAACUCAGAUAAAAAAAAAAAAAACAGAAAUAUGAAUCUUUUGUUAUUAUUUAUUAUUCAACCCAGUGCAUGAAGAAUUUUAAAAUGAAAAAUUUAGUUUUUUAUUACACUUUUAUGUGACAUUAAAUUGUGAGAACAAAAUUUUUAUUCAUUCAAUUUUAUUUGUCUUGAAAGUUUGAUGUGUUACAUAUAUAUUUUAGUUCUCUUUAUUUGUAGAUAAAUUUUUAUAGAAAAUCAAAAUUUUUACAGCUGUUUCAAAGUAGCGUGUAAAAAAAUAAUAGUUAUAUUAGCUUUAAUUAUAUUUCAUUCUGUUUUUUAAAAAAAUUACGAACAUUGAAAUUUCAAAAUUUUAUCUCAUUGAAGUUACAAAAUUUUAACCUAUUGAAAUUGCAAAAUUUAAAUCCAUUCAUUGAAAUUGCAAAAUCUUAACUUAAAGGUCCAAUUAUUUUUCUUUUAGGUUGAUUAAAGUGCUUGUAAUUAGAAAAAAAAGCCAAUUUUUAUUAGAAGAAUUUAAUUUACACGCAUUUAAAAUAUAGAAAUAAACUUAACAUCUUUUGUUUAAAAAUUUUAAAUUAAACGUGUAUCUUUUGUUCUAAAAUUCUUCUUUGAAAUAUACCUUUAUAUUAAAGAAAUAUAACUAUUAUUUUCAAUGAUUUUGUAAAUGCAUUUUCACAUAGUGCCUUAAAUCGACUAAGUAUUAAUCACGCCAAAAUCAUAAAAAACUUGCAUGUUUGACAUUGCUGCAUGAGCUUAAGAUUAUAGUGUUCUUGGAGCAUGAUUUCGACUUUUUUAUUUCAAUUUUCUUUUAUCUUUGCUUUUAUUUAAAGUGCUUUCCUUUUUUUAAAAAUGCUGUUAAAAUCCUUAAAAAUGCAAUGCUGUACAUUUUUUUUUAUCUUUACCCCUUGUUGAUAUUGUGGAAAAAAAGCGUUUUUAUUAUUUUGUUUGUAAAUAAGAUGAGUGAUGCUGUUGCAUUUUUUAUGUUUGCACCAAUUUUUGUGUCAUUAGUUCAAAAAAUAUGAACUCUGUAAAAUAAAAUUGCCAUCUUGAGAAAUUGUUGUAUUUUUAUUUGUGUUAUUGUUUUGUUUUGUUUUAUUAUGAAUGGUAGUUGCAUGGGAAUUUCCUGAUUUGUUAAAUGUUUUUCUUGAGUUUAAAUAUUGAUAUAUCAUAAACAAUUCUUAUAUGA